GAUUCGAGUGUUGGGUCAGUUGUCAACAACUGGUCAGCGAGGCAGCAGAGUGCCAUCUGUCGUAGUACAUAAUAUGAGCUACUGUUCCCGAACAAAUAUUGGCGUAUGUAUUUGUGUGUUUUUUUUCGUUUGUGUAACGUGACUGCAUACAAUAAUAUUUUGAAGUGAGUGAACUACAAUUAUGAGAAGUUGGCUUUAGCUACUACGUAGCUGGUGUUGGUGUUGUGAGGACGGGUUGCAGACAAGCAGGCAGGCAGUUUGGUAGGUGAGGUGCCCGGCCAGUAUAGCCAUACGUCGGAUCUAAACGUGUCCAAAUAUCCUGCUCCCUGGACGUAAGGACCUCCUUCCAAUAACCUGCUAUGGAUCCCUUUGACUAUAACAGUACAGAGCGAGCCAACCUACCAAGGAACAUGAUUGAGAACAGCAUGUUUGAAGAAGAGCCUGACGUUGUUGAUCUGGCCAGAGACUCCGCGGCAUAUCCGACCUUUCCGGCUCUAGACCCAGAUGACGGCGUGUAUCAGCCUCGCAGCUCUCGGCUACUAGUGCGAGGCCUGGGUGAGAACGACGUGGAUGAUGAUGAAGAGGACUGCGAGUCUUCAGCCCGUCUUCUGGGCAUGUCCUUUAUGAACCGCAGUGCCACCCAGAGAUCGAGCGCCUCUCCUUAUGUCAGACAGCUUCCACCCAGGUCAUGUUCGCCACCCUCAGCCCGCACCAUGAUUGUUUGUGUGCUAUUUCUGGUCAUAGUGGCUUCCAUGACCAUGGUAUUGUACUUUUUACCUGGGUGCACCUUUUCAAAGACCGGAUGCCCUAAACAAGAGAACAAGACGUCAAAUGGCACUGAUGAUGAACUCUUCCCGUGGGCACAAUACCAGCUCCCUCGUAGCAUACGUCCUCUCAGCUAUGAUCUCACCUUGAGCCCUAAUUUGAGCACCAUGACUUUCAGCGGCCACACUGUCAUCAACAUGUUUGUACUUCACAACACCAAGCGCAUUGUCCUGCACAGUGCUCAUCUCAAUAUUACCAAAGCUACAUUCAAGCUUGGUGAUGGGGAGGCCAGUGAUGUCACAAUACUGGAGAACAAGCCAAUGGAGCAGAUAGCUGUUAAAUUGUCUGCAGAGCUGAAGGCAGGCCAGCAUUGUGUGUUGACCCUGGACUACACUGCCCGUCUGUCACACACCUACGAUGGUUUCUACAAUAGUUCCUACAUAGAUCUCGAGGGAAACAAAAGGGUCCUCGCUGCUACCCAGUUCGAGCCAUUAUAUGCGCGAAAGGCCUUCCCUUGCUUUGAUGAGCCAUCAUUUAAAGCCACCUUUCUGGUGAAAAUCAACAGGAAACCAGAGCACAUGGCACUCUCCAACAUGCCUAAGGCAAAGACCACGCACCUUUCCAGUGACCUCCUGCAGGAUGAGUUUGCAAAGACCAGUGUCAACAUGAGCACUUACUUGGUGGCAUUCGUUAUUGGUAACUUCGCCGCCGUGAGCAGAAACGUCUCUGACACUCUGGUGUCUGUGUACAGUGUACCCCAGAAGAAAGAGCAUACCAACUACGCUUUGGACACGGCAGCCAAACUACUGGAAUUUUACAAUGACUUCUUUGAAAUUGACUAUCCCCUGCAGAAACUUGGUAGACGUUGUCAUUGUACCCCUCCCCCUAAACCCCAACUCAGCAUUAAAGACCCCACUGUAAUCUUAUUUUCUUCUUUGUCAGACUUCGUUGCCAUCCCAGACUUCCUGGCAGGAGCCAUGGAGAACUGGGGUUUGCUCACCUUCAGAGAAAGCAAUUUACUGGUGGGGGAGCACUCCUCCCUUAUGGAAAAACAAGAUGUUGCUUCAGUCAUUGCACAUGAGCUGGCUCAUCAGUGGUUUGGAAAUUUUGUCACAAUGAGUUGGUGGAGUGACCUGUGGCUCAACGAAGGCUUUGCUACUUACAUGCAGUUCACGUCACUGCAGAUACUCAUGCCACACCUUGACACGGGCAACUUGUUCUUAGAGGCUCGAUUCAGAGCAUUGGACCAAGAUGCACUAAACUCCUCCCACGCUGUCUCUACCGAAGUCAAUACAUCAGAGCAGGUGCAAGAGAUGUUCGACUCUGUGUCCUAUAAGAAGGGGGCAUCCAUUCUCCUGAUGUUGAACGCCUCUUUGCCUGGUGACCAGCAGUUCAGAAAAGGUAUUAUUCAGUAUCUAAAACAGUUCUCUGGUUUAAACACUGACACCGAUGACCUCUGGAACAGUCUAACUGAGGUAGAGGUCUCAAGUCAGAGUCCAAAUGUGUCAGAAAUGAUGAGGUCAUGGACAUCCCAGAAAGGCUUCCCUUUGGUUACAGUCUCCCGCAAGGGGGAUGCAGUGACUCUUAAACAAGAGAUUUUCCAUCUGACAGUAGACAGCAGCACAUAUUCCUCCAGCUUGUGGACUAUUCCAGUGACAUAUGUGAAUGACAGCUGUGGUUUGGCCCCUGAAUGCAGACAAGUGUUCAUGCUGAAGACCAAGUCAGCCACUCUGAAGGUGCCUGAAACUGUGAAAUGGCUGAAGCUGAACUACAGGAGCUCAGGCUUCUACAUCGUUGACUAUGGAGACGAAGGCUGGGCUGCUUUGGCAGACGCUUUGUCCAACGACUUCCAAGUUCUCACACAGGAGGAUCGUGCUUCGCUGAUACAUGACAUCUUUGCUCUCUCCCUACUGGGGCGCGUGUCCUUCCGCCAAAUUUUCAGCCUUCUAAAGUACAUGCCAAAUGAAACUGAGACGAGUCCUAUAAGGGAGGCCUUGCUGCAGCUCAACCAGAUCUACCAGAUGUUGCACAAAAGAUACGAGCAGGGCCUCUGCGCCCGCAUGAAGAGAUAUAUUCUGAAUCAGUACGGUGCACUGAUGGAUAACCAAACAUGGGACAAAGAGGAGCGUCUGUCCAAACAGUAUCUGCGAUUUGCCCUUUUAGAGAUGGCCUGUGAUCUGGGGCACGACAAAUGCAAGCAGCACGCAAAAGGCAUGUUUAAGCACUAUGUCGAAUCCAACGGAACCUUCAAGAUUCCGGGUGAUCUGCAGCGAGUUGUAUUCCGUGUGGCAGCUCAGUCCAAUGAAGACUGGGAGACUUUGCUCUCCAUGUAUCACUAUGCCACUUACGACUCCGAGAAGAAAAAUAUGAUACAGGGCUUAGCUUCCACACAGAACGCACAGAAAAUUGUGUGGCUUCUCAAUGUCGGUUUGAAUGGAAAGACCAUCAAGGCACAGUACCUUCCCUUGCUCUUCAAAACCGUCUGCCAAAACUUUGCUGGCAACUUGAUUGCUUGGGACUUCGUUCAAGACAACUGGAACCAGAUCACACAAACGUUUCCCUUAGGUUCAUUUUCCCUGCAAUCAAUCAUCAAGGCUGUCACCUCUCAGUUUUCUACAGAGUCACAUUUUAAUCAGGUGCAAUGGUUCUUCUCCAACGUGAGGGAGAGCGGCACUCAGUUGAGAAGCGCACGGGAAGCGCUGGAGACCAUCCGACUGAACCAACGUUGGAUGGAGAGGAAUCUCCCCUCUCUCCGUACACAGCUUUAAUGCGGGCCAGGCACUCCUUCCGUUCUCCACUCACCUCCGCUGCCCCCUGUAGCAGUUUAACUGGCCGACUGGGGUACGUUGUCAAGACAACCGCAAAGUUUGCACUUUUGUCUCUAAGCUCUGUGUAGUCUGAUUUGAGCUGGACGGGGUAACCUCUCGUGUAUGACUCCCGUGAGAUUAUUAGCUAGCUCAGGGCGGCUCUGAUUGUAUCUGGCAGAAAGAUGUCAGACCUAAACACUCCUCACACUUGAAGCUGUCGACCAAACCUCACAUCAGACAAUCAUGCGAUCCACUUUUUCUUUACAAAACCCUUUCAAUCAGUGACUGUAUGAGCUGUUUAAUGGCUGCUCCCAAAAGAGCAGGUACAUGAGUCAACACUGUUUCCUGUUCCAUGAGCCCUAGACGGCAUCUCUGCUUUAAUGUCGACUCCUCUGCACAAGUCAAAUUUGCAUUGGCUCCUCUUGAUAAAUUCUGAAGAGCAACAAUUGCAGCCUGCAAUUAUGCAUCCUGCAGCGUUCAAUAUUUUGGAAGGGGUGAGGAAGUGGUUGGUCGGCCAAAAAAAAAAAAGUCCUUCCCACAAUGUACAGGAGAUGGCGCAGUAAACCACUGUGCGGGUUUAAAAGCAACCAACGUGUCUUAACUAAAACAAGCAGCACACUGGUCACCCAAAAGGUUUGCAGCAAUGAUCCGAUGUUCUUGUAAAAUUCUAGAAUUAUAAUGUAAAUGUAAAUACAGAAGCAGUUUUGGAUGUGCCGUUUUUAUUUAAUCUCUAGUCUUGAUUUUGCUCCACUUGAAUUUUAGCUUUUUCUUCUGUACAUAAAAUGUGUAGCGGACAUUUAUUGAUAACAUUUGAUGAAGGCUCUUCUCCAGACACUUUUUACUCUGUUUGCAGGAGGCCACUUAUGAAGGUGUUGUUUGUAUAAGGGCUCUUGUGUAUAGAAGAAUGUUUAUUUCGGGCAAUUGUCCACAAUUGCCUCAUACAAUGGCUUAAAGUUACUCCAUCUCCAGAAUAAAAAGCUGACACCCUA